AUGGAAUCACUGAGGGAAUCUUUUCUGCAUUUGACCUUUCAGAUGUCAACCUAUAAAAGAGCCACGCUGGAUGAGGAAGACCUGGUGGACUCCACCAGUGACGACAUCUAUCCAACAUCUCCCCUGCAGGUGACUCUGCUGCAAAGACGUGAUCCAACACAAAGGGAGAAGAGGGUGCUGUUUUUAGUGUGUGUCGUGUCUGUGGGCCUGUUCAUAUCUCUCAUCACAACUGGGGUCUUGUACAAACAGACUCACCCUGGCUUGUGCCUAACAGAGCCAUGCAUUACUGUGGCCAGUGCGGUAAUGGGAGCCCUGGACCGAUCCAUGGACCCCUGCCAAGACUUCUACAACUUUGCCUGUGGGGGGUGGGUGAAGAACAACCCCCUCCCUGAGGGCAAGUCCCGGUGGGGACCUUUCAGCAACCUCUGGGAGCACAACAUGCUUGUGAUGAAGCGUUUAUUAGAAAACACAACAAUGAAAGGUCUGAGUGAGGCUGAGGAAAAGGCCCAGCGAUAUUAUCAGGCCUGCAUGAACGAGGCCAAGAUUGAGGAAUUAGGAGCUAAGCCACUACAGGAGCUAAUCAGCCAGAUCGGAGGAUGGGCCCUGACUGGACCCUGGGACAAGGACAACUUCCAGGAAGUUUUGCGAACAGUGUCAGCCAACUAUCGCACCUCACCUUUCUUCACCGUGUUUGUUAGCACCGAUUCCAAAAACUCCAACAGUAACAUCAUCCAGGUGGAUCAGUCCAGCCUGGGAUUACCCUCACGGGAUUACUACCUCAACAAAACAGCGAAUGAAAAGUAUCUGACUGCAUACCUCAACUUCCUAAUGGAGUUAGGGGUUCUUCUGGGGGGCUCCAAAGAGACGUCGCGGACGCUGAUGGAAGAGAUUGUGGCGUUUGAAACCACUUUGGCCAACAUCACAGUCCCUCAGGGGGAGAGAAGGGACGAAGAGCUAAUCUACCAUAAAAUGGAGGCCAAAGACUUGACAACUUUGGCUCCUGCCGUGGACUGGAUGCCAUACCUCACAGAAGUGUUUGCUCCUGUGCCUCUCAACAAGUCUGAGCCGGUGGUUGUUUAUGCCAAGGAAUACCUCCAGAAAGUUUCUGACCUCAUAACUAAAACAAAUAAAAGCCUACUCAACAAUUACAUGAUAAUGAAGGUGGUGAGGAAGAUGGUUUCCAUUUUGGACCAAAGGUUCCAGGAUGCUGAGCAGCGCUUCCUUGAGGUCAUGUAUGGCACCAAAAAGAGCUGCACUCCACGCUGGAAGCUGUGUGUCAGCGACACUGACAGCGCCCUGGGCUUUGCUCUUGGAGCCCUCUUUGUCAAAUCCACCUUUGCUGAGGACAGCAAGGCCAUUGCUGAAGAUAUGGUUGCAGAAAUUAAAUGGGCGUUUGAGGACAGUUUGAAGUAUGUGAGCUGGAUGGACUCAGAAACAAAAAAAGCAGCAAAAGAAAAGGCAGAUGCAAUAUACAACAUGGUCGGGUAUCCAGAGUUCAUCAUGAACGCCACAAAGCUGGACAAAGUGUUCAAUGAUUUUGAGGUGGUGUCACAGCUCUACUUUCAAAAUGUCAUGCAGUACUACAACUUCUCAGCCAGAGUGACAGCAGACCAACUGAGGAAAACUCCCAACAGAAACCAGUGGAGCAUGACCCCUCCAACUGUGAAUGCAUAUUACAACCCAACCAAGAAUGAGAUGGUUCUGCCAGCAGGAAUCUUGCAGGCUCCAUUCUAUAGCCGAUCCUGGCCCAAAGCUCUUAACUUUGGUGGAAUAGGCGUAGUCAUGGGACAUGAGCUGACACAUGCUUUUGAUGACCAAGGGAGAGAAUACGACAAGGACGGAAACCUGCGUCCCUGGUGGAAGAACUCUUCUGUGGAGGCCUUCAAGAAGCAGACUCAGUGCAUGGUGGAGCAGUACGGAAAUUACACCAUCAACCGGGAGCCUCUGAAUGGAAGACACACCCUGGGAGAGAACAUCGCUGACAACGGUGGACUCAAAGCUGCCUACAAGGCUUAUGAGAACUGGAUCAAAAAGAACGGUGAGGAGGCCACGCUGCCUGCCCUGGGAAUGACGAACCGUCAGCUGUUCUUUGUUGGAUUUGCCCAGGUAUGGUGCUCUGUCAGGACACCGGAGAGCUCACACGAGGGCGUAAUCACAGAUCCCCACAGUCCAUCAAGAUUCAGAGUCAUCGGCACCAUCUCCAAUUCACGUGAAUUCUCAAAGCACUUUGGCUGCAAAGAUGAUUCUCCCAUGAACCCUAAACAUAAGUGUGAGCUUUGGUGAUGCCUCAUUGCUUGGUGCGGUUCAUCAGCAAGGAGUGAAAGGGACGUUUGGGACAAUAGCUAGAGAUACUUGCGAAGUCUCUCUGGACGGGGGACACAAGAACCACUGAAACUCCUAGCACCUUGCCACUUAAUGUUUAUCAGGCUCCUCAUGGGGACAAAGUGUGCCUGCUCUGUGUGGAAGAUUUCAAUCUUCAGUGCGUCUCCACAAGGACCGUUGGUUUAGCAAACAGCUUUGCACAAACUCUGAAAUUAGAUGUAGCUACAAAUGCGCUUUUAGAACACUGGAAACCCAAUAGAUGGCAACAGAAAAUGGGAGAACAACUCUCAAACAGCUUUUUUGUCACAUAGAGCAAUAAAUAAGCAAAGUGACCUUUCUUUUUCUUAUAACUCUUCACUGUGCUUGGACCUGCUCUAUUUUAUUUUUUAUUGUAUUUUAUUUAUGGUCACAAAUUUUUAUAUGACGGUGAACCAGGAAGAUGCAAGAUUUGGUUCAUACCAGGACAGUUUUAAAGCCGUUUAUUAAGAAUUGGUAUAAAUAUGUAUAAUACUACAGGAAGUGCUUGUCUUUGAAUCAUUGCAGUAUUUCAGACACACUGUGUGUACGGUCUGGUCAAAGUUAACAUUUUAUAGCGAUAUUGAUGGGAUAUUUGUGUGUAAACACAAAGUAAUUUUUGGAGCUGGUGUCAGAUAGCAGGUUCCCAAAGUUGGCAUUUCAUUUCUGUAAUGUAAGACCGAUACAAAUCAGAAACAGAAUGAAAGAAUUCAGAAAUUCACAGCAAUAAAUUAAAGGAACAGCUGUUUUUUUUUUUUUUUUUCCUUGUUCAGGACUUGGUCAUGUAGAGUAAGCCAUGAUGUGCCAUACCUCUUUUUAUGAUUAAGAGUU